AUGGAAGGCGCAAAGAAAAUGGGUAUUGAUGAAGUGCUGAUGUGGGUGCUGAAUGACGCUGGUGAUGAAUACAUUCGUAUCUCGUUACGAUCUGGCUUCGAAAUUCCAGUUCCUAGUCAAGCAAGAGUUACUUAUGAGUAUCUCUUACCAGAGAAGUACAUUGAAGUGGAAGAAAAGGAUACACCGGCUGCUCUGGUUCUGGAACGAACGUAUAUCCCGAAAUUGACCUCAUUCGAAGACGAGAUUUCCGCCGAAGUUGGCAUCAAAGCGCAGCCACCACGAAAACCAACGUAUUGGUACUAG